CUUUCAUUGAAUUCAUUUACUGAGUCAAUACAUUUUGAAUUAUAGGUAAAAUAUAGUCAUGUAUAUAUGCUUUACUCUUUGUACUUCCUUAAAGUAAAAUGAAUCUCUCACCAUAGAUAUCCAGGUGAAUGCUGGAAACAUUUCAAAUGAAAAAGCAAACUUGCACUUAUCCAUCAAGAUAUUCACAUUUGUGGAAACAAACAUGAAGUAACAGUAUAAAGCCCCCCACCCACCCCCACAAUAAACAAAUAUGCAUGUAUAUUCGCGGAUUUGGGCAACAAGUUUGGGUUUUGUUGAUCACUGACAAGACCUAGUUGAAAGUGAUUUAGAGACAUGUUUUAUUUUAUUAUACGACUGGAUAAUUUAAAACAUCGAAACUCGUCACAAAAACAGUUAGAACCUAAAAUGAUAUCAGAUUAGUAUCCUCUUUUGUAUGCGUUUGAUGUUACUAUAAUUCAACCGUUGUUACUUUAAAGGGACUGGUUCACAAUUUUUGAUAAAAAUAUUUUUCAUUUUUGACGGUAAACAUUAAAAAUAUAACUCAUUCAAUAUUGACAGCCAAAAUGUUGACCUUCUGAAUACAAGAAUAAAAGCAAUGUUUUAGCUUGAAAUCUGUGUUAUGUAAACAAAAACUCGAGUCUUUUUAUGUAUACAAACAAACAAGUGAAAUAUUGAUUUUGUAAUAUAAAGCAUCUUAAUUUUGCAUAGUCACAAAUUUUAACUUUUAGAUGACACAUUUACACUUUAAAAUGUUUGAAAUGUGAAAGAUAUUUUAUAAUACACUUAGAUCGAUAUCCAUUUAUUUUGAAAAUUUCGUAAACAAUAACAUACCACAAUCUUUGUUUACAAAACAAAAAAUAAACUCUCUAAAAUGAGGAUCUGUGAUAGUGUAUAACCUUAAUUUUUAUGUGAACUCUUUUAAACACAUUAGACAGUAGAUUUUGAUCAUCAAAAGUGAAAAAGAAAAUUUUGGGGAAAAUCGUGAAACAGUCCCUUUAAUAGUAAGUUAUGUAUAGUGCAUCAUAGUCAAAACUCAAAAGUGAGUACAAAAGAGUUUUCUUUGAGUGACCAAAAAAGGAUAAUCAAUCGCAUCAAUUUUGAAAUUCCUAAUUUUAGCCUGAUGUUGAAGACAUCAAAUGUUUUAUUCGUCUCGAAGGCAUGUGCAGACGUAGCUGUAGAUCUGUAGCUCUCUGGGUAUAUAUUGGGACAGACCAAUACAAUAGUUUACUAGAGAGCUAUAAAUCAGCAGCAAGUGCAGAUUAAUAUAAUCGCCACGCGUUUUGUUUAUACGCCUAUCUAGGACAGAACAUAUUAAUAUGAUAUGUCGUUCAUGUCCGUCCAUCUCUCAGUCUAUUAGUUUUUUCAUUUCCAUAUAAUUACUAUGAGGCCUAGAAUCAUCAAACGACGGUAGCUGAUGUGCCAGAGGAAAAGGGGGUGUUACUCGUCAAAGAGAGACAGAUCCUUUGACACAGGUUGAAGUUACAGGAACUCCACAGCAGAGAAAGAGGGAUGUUAAAGAUGCAGCAGGAACAGAAAGUGUCCAAAAAUUAGGGGCAGUGAAGAAAUUAUACUCUCUUGUUCUUUUCAUGAAAGAGAUACCUAACAAAUGUGAUAUUAACAUCGACAAAUUAGUACAGGACAUCAGAUUUCUGUAUGAAAAGUCAUUUGCAGACCUUGAUAAGGACCAGCUUCAAAGUUUAAGAAAUGGUGAAUUUCAAACUUUACCCAGUUCUACUGUGUAUACCAUAGUAACAAAUCUCUGCAACAUUGAGAAACCAACCAGAGGAUGGGAUAACCCACCAUUGAAAACAGAUGUUGAUUUGAAAGACGAUAUUGCCAGAAUUCGAAGUCUUUGGAAUGAUAUGUGUGAUGGUGACAUUAAGGUGCAGAUGAUUACAGAAACAUUCCAAAGAAUGGCAGAACAUUUUGGUAAAAUUUGUGUUGCAGAUGAUGAAGAAACUAUGAGGGCAAAGAAAGAUAAAAUAGUUUGGAAGCAAUUAAAACCCGACUGUGAGGUUGACGAAGAACUUGUUUUGACAGAAAAGGUGAACGAAAUCUUAGCAAAAUUGAUAGAUGAAGGUAUAGCUGUUUGUAAUGGUGUCAUAGGCUCUGGCAAAUCGAUGGCAAUGAAAUAUGUUGCAGCGAAAUAUAUCAAAGAUGGUUGGAAAGUUGUGUGGAGGGAAAAAAGUCUCUGUUCUACAGAUAUAGAAGUUAACCAGGACGAGAAACUUCUUCUAUGCUGCGAUAAUAUGUUUGGGGGAAUGUUGUACGAAUGUUUGGCAUCAAAGGAACUGGAGAAUAUAAAAGGGUUGCUAGACAACAUUCUACAGUCGUCUAAAAAAGGCGAAGUGAAGUUAUUGCUGUCCGUUCAAAGUCAUGUCCUGAAAGAGUUAAAUAAGGAGAGGUGUGUUUCGACAGUACUAGGAAACUUUAACUACAGAGUCGAUAUGGACAAAUUAACAACUGCUGAACUUUAUCUCAUUUUCAAAGAAACCAUUAAGAAAGGCUGCAAGUCACAUCCCAAAUGCUGGUACUCAACAACAGACUUUUCUAAUGUACAAACUCUACUUAAAAAUAAUGUGGGAUUGGUCGGGAAUCCCUUCCUUCUUUGGGCCUUUGCAAUGAAUCAUGCGUUUUUCACAGACAAAAAAUUUCCCGAGAAUCCUGUCAAAGUUUUGGUGCUCAAUUUCGACAGACUGAAGAUGGAAGAACCGAAAUCAUUCUACAUCCUGAUUUACAUAUUGUUUGUCAACAAACACCAGAAAGGCACAGAAUUAAUGCAAUGGGCACAAGAAUUACCUACUCCUCUCGAAAGAGAAGAGGUCGAAGAAAUUGGAGCUGAUGCUAUCUCUGCGUAUUUACACUCUGAGGAAGAAAGUAUUCGAAUUUCGCACGAAAUAUUCCAAAUUGCUCUGUUUCAAUCCGUCUCGAAAACCAGAGAUGGCCUCGACCUGAUGCUCAAAUUCUGUGAAUUAGAAUCCAUUCUCAGCAUCUGCAGACGAGAAGAUGCAAUAGAGGAAUUUUCCGUUAAGCUGUCGGAAAAAGAUGUUAAAAUUCUUGAAAGUAGGGAUCGAUGUAGGAAUUUGAUUUUAAAAUCGGAUCACCCAUUUCAGGGAUUUUUAAAACCCGAAGAGACUCCUAGUGACUUUUGAUAGAACCUAGCAUUUAUUUUAUAAUACAUAGGUGCUGUAACAGCCGUGUACUUACAUUCAAAUCCUUGUAACCGAAUUUUCUUAAUCAAAGUCCCUUAAAACAUGUAGUGCUCUUGCUUUAUAUCAAGAUGCGGAUUAGUACAGGACUUGUACUAGCUUGAAAAUGAGUUGUGCUUUAGUUGUGAACUUGCAUGUGAAGUAUUAAUCUUUUAUAUAUCCAUUGCAAAACAAUUCUUAUAGGAUAACCAAAGUCUAUGCACUGUGAACUUACAAAUACACAUAAAUAAAUGUAUUAAAAUACUCUGUCAUUAAUGACUUCAUGAACUAUUUUGACUGAAACUUGCAUGUGUGUUAUCAAUCAUGUUUGCUUGGAUGUUUCCUGCAAAAUAUGUGAAUUUACUAUUCGUGAUUAUCAGACUUAUUAGUCAAAUUAAUACAUUCGUAUUGCAUAUUGAUGAAUGAAAAGAAAAAGCUUCAUUCAAAAAACAAUGGAAAUGUGUUGCAUGUGAUUUAUUACAGACAAAAAUACUAGAACAAAAUAAAAAGAGGUGAUUUUU